GUUUAGUGUUUAGUGUCUGUGCCUGUGUUUCUCGGUCAGCCAUUCGGCGAGAUCCACAAACACUAAUGCUACAAGUUACAAUGUCCUUCCGCAAAAUCGGCAUGAAAUAGUCAUCUAGUUCUUCUCAAACGAAAGAGGAAGAAGGUGUGUGAGCGAGCGAGCAAGCGAGCGAGGCUCGCUUAUUCUCCACGCUAGUAAUCUCGCGCAGGAACUGCGUCCGCAGUAAACUUUGGCCGAGGGCGAAAAAAUAAAAACAAAAAUAAUAAUAAGAAAAAAUAACCCAUGAAACGUAGGGUUGCAUUGGAUGAUACCCCAAUUAAAAUGCAGUGGCUUAAAUGACUAGCAGUAGGCCACACUUAGAUGCUUUACGAAUAUUUGUCAAGCGGAAGUUAUAGCAAUAGGAAGUCUGAAAAAAGAAGUUAAGAAACACAAAAAACAAACCGUGUGCCAAGUUAUUAUAAAUCUGGCCUCGAAAGGAGAGCGAAGAAGGAGAUGGAUACCCACGUCAAAGAAGGACAACUUUACGUACAGCACCAAAAGUUUGGCAAGAAAUGGAAGAAGAGCUGGUUUGUUCUGUACCCAGCCAGUCAGAAUGGCAUUGCCCGGCUGGAGUUCUUUGACUGCAGUGGUGGGACUGAGAAGCCCAGCAGCACUAAGAAGCUGGACAAGAAGAUCAUCCGUCUGUCCGAGUGCAUCAGCAUCCUGCCGGCCCUCACCGAGACCUGUCCCAAGGACAACAUGGCCGCCUUCUGCGUGGAGACCAACGACAAGACCCACGUCUUCGCCGCCGAGAAGCAGAUCUGCGCCGAGUGGGUGGAGAAGAUGUGCGAGAUCGCCUUUCAGGGAGGAGGCGUGUCUGACUGUAACGGGCAGCAGGAGCUCAAGAUGGCAGAGAACCUCAUCUACUACUCCAGAGAGGAAGUGAAUGAGUUCUGGGUGAGCGUGCAGCGGACGGAGGCGUCUGAGCGGUGUGGCCUGCAGGGGGCGUACUGGCUGAAGGCAGACAGUGACAGUCUCAUCCUGAAGGAUCCCAAGAGCAAGAGGAGCCUGCAGUUGUGGCCCUACAAACUGCUGCGGCGUUACGGAAGGGACAAGGUGAGCUUUGAGGCUGAGGCUGGGGUUAAGACCUGAGGGUGUUGUGAGGCUGGGGCGGGCUCCCUUCGGACCCGAAUCCUCAGAGGGAACGAGAUCUUUGGGAUUGUGGAGGGGGCGAUCCGGGAGCAGAAGGCUCAGGCGGAGGAGAGGCAGCAGAGCAGCCCCGCCCAGGACCCGGACUGCCCCGGCCUGCUGCUGACCCGCACUGUCGCCGAGGGCAACCGCGAGCGGGAGGCGGACGGGGACUCCGGGGGCAGCAAACCGGGCUCAGCCGACGGCGUCUUCGGCAGGAGGGAGGGGGAGGGGAAGAACCUGAAGGCACGGAGCCUGCCGGAGCCCCCCCCCCUGCCCAGGGGCUCGGCGCCCCCCCCGCGGGCGGACCAGGGCGGCCUGUACUCGGAGCCCGCUGACUCGCUGCGCCUGCCCCCCUCCCCCGCCGACUGUCUCUACUCCGACCCCGUGGACAGCAUCAAGACCACGCCCACCCCUGCUCCCCGUAACCCGGGUAACAAGCCCGAGCCGCUCUACUCCGACAUCUACGACCGGGUGAGCGCGGGCCCGACGCCGCGGGCCGGCGGCCUGGGGCUGGAGGCGGGGCCCAGGAACGGGGCAGGCAGAGGGCCGGGGCCGGAGCACAUCUACGACGAGCCGGAGGGCGGGGGCGUGGCCUUGUACGACGAGGCGCGUCUGGAGCCGCAGGCCUGGCGCAGCCGCGGGCUGGAAGACGCCCCGCAGGGCCACGAGGUGCCCUACAACCCCAACACCGACGACUACUCCGUCCCCACCUACAGCAAGCAGCAGGCCCCGCCCCCGCGCUCCAAAGGCCCCAAGCCCCUCCCAGCUCCCAAACCCGCCAAGGGCGUCCCGCCCCGAAACCACAACAACAACAACAACAACCAGCACACAGACCUGUACAGCCAGGUGUCCCGACACAGGCCCCACCCAAGCACCUGCCACCCCCUCUCCCCAGGGCACCCCCCCGACAUCAUCUACGAUAACCUGGGGGACAUUUAACCCUCUCCAGCCGUGGCUGAGCGCCCCUUGCCCGCGCUCCCUGGGAACUGCAGGCUGGCGUAAGGACUCUGCCCUGCAGAGACGAUGCUGUGGGAGUGGGUGGAUUUGAGAAGGUGUGGACGCUGUGGACCUGCUCUGUGCCCUGUGGGGUGGGGCAGGGUUGGCCUGGGGCAGCCCGCUAGAGAAACUCUGCCUCCACAGGCGGGACACUGAGAUGCGCCGAGGCCAUGCCUGUGUGUCCUGUGACUGACAGGUUGCUCUCCGUGGUGUUGCAUCAUGGAAGUUUUAAAUGAGUGACUGUUCUCCUGGAACCUGGAAGUAGGACCAGUGGGUGGUUGGCUUGUUGGCUACACCCCUUCUCUGACCCUACCUAUCACAGCCCUCCCUCACUCGGCCACGCCUACGCUGAGGCUCACCCUCACUGAGCCACGCCCACUCGGAAAGGGCUGCAGCUGUGGACAGUCCGUAACGAAUGUCGGCUUGUUUUAUUUUUUAAAUGGUCUUUUUUUAAGAACCCGUUUCCCCACAA